UUCACUUGAGAUUGCCAACCAUGAAGCUGAUCGCACUGUGCUGCCUGCUCCUUUUGGGCCUCCUGGGCUUCCUAGCUGCUCCCGGCGCCGCCUCCCCAUCUCGCCACACUGGACCAGCUGGACCAUCUGUACCAGGGUCCGGCAAUCCGUUCAGGUCUCCAAGUCCACAGCAACGACCGCUGUACUACGACGCUCCGGUUGGGAAACCAUCGAAGACUAUGUACGCCUAACGUAAAGAAUGAAACAAUAAAGCUUUGAAACGCCUAAACUAAAUUAA